UGGCAUGCAAAGUAAAAAUGUCCCAAUGCACCAACAAAAUGUUCAAAUCCAUAGUGAUAAUGGCAACAAUACUCAUGACAUCAUCCAAACUCUACCGCGCCUCCCCAAUGGCAGCGCGGGCAACAAAGCAGACAUUCAUUGUUCACAUGGCCAAGCUGCAAAUGCCUCCCGGCUUCAAUCACCACACAAACUGGUACGAAUCGGCUCUCAAAUCGGUCUCCGGAUCGGAGGAGAUGAUUUACGUGUACGAAGCCGCGGCCCACGGGUUCUCAGCCAGGCUCAGGGCGGAUGAAGCUCUGUUUCUUGAAAGCCAGGCUGGGGUUUUGUCUGUGAGGCCGGAGAGGAAGUACGUGCUCCACACAACAAGAACCCCAUUGUUUCUGGGGCUUGAAUCGGAUUACUUGUUGCCCGGGUUGGUUGCUGAUGAGAGCGGCAUUGUCAUCGGAGUAAUUGACACCGGCGUCUGGCCGGAGAGCAGGAGCUUCAAAGAUGAUGGGCUUGGCCCGGUUCCGAGUUCGUGGAAAGGCGCGUGCGAGACGGGUACCAAUUUCACCGCCUUGAAUUGCAACCGGAAGCUCGUUGGUGCGAGGUACUUCCUAAAAGGUUAUGAGGCAGAAAAGGGGCCAGUCAACGAGUCUCUGGAGUACAGGUCUCCGAGAGACGACAAUGGACAUGGGACCCACACAGCCUCAACCGCCGGAGGGUCGCAAGUUCCCGGUGCCAAUCUUCUCGGUUACGCAAAGGGAACUGCUCGGGGAAUGGCUACAAACGCCAGGGUCGCGGCUUACAAAGCCUGCUGGAAAGGCGGGUGUUUCGACUCCGACGUCUUGGCCGCCAUGGACGCCGCCAUCGGAGACGGCGUCGACGUCCUCUCGCUGUCUCUCAGCGAUUACUACGACGACUAUUUCAGUGACUCCGUUGCUGUUGGAGCACUCGCCGCGGCGGAGAAGGGAAUUCUUGUUUCCUGCUCUGUCGGAAACGGCGGUCCCGACCCUUACAGUGUGACCAACGUCGCGCCGUGGAUCGUGAGCGUCGGCGCCGGGAGUCUUGACCGUACUUUCCCGGCUCCGGUAAGGCUCGGUAACGGAAUUAAACUUCCUGGGGUGUCGCUUUAUAGAGGCGUUCCGCUUCCGGCCAAGGCGCUCCCCUUUGUGUACGGCGGAAAUGUUAGUUUCCGUAGUGAUGGGAAUCUGUGUGUGAACGGGAGUCUAGAUCCGGAGAAGGUGAAGGGCAAAAUUGUACUUUGCGAGAGGGGGAAAAAUUCAAGAGUUCAAAAGGGAUCGGUGGUAAAAGCCGCCGGCGGGGUGGGGAUGGUGCUGGUGAACACCGCCCAAGUGGGAGACGAAUUGGUGGCGGAUGCUCAUAUACUUCCGGCGACUCACGUCAGCAAAAAGACCGGCGACGCCGUGAAGGCUUACUUGUUCUCCAAUCCCAACGCGACAACUACUAUUUCCUUCCGGGGAACAAAAGUGGGCAUCAGGCCGUCACCUGUGGUGGCAGCCUUUAGCUCACGUGGCCCCAACCCACUCACGCCAGAAAUACUGAAACCAGACUUUAUUGCCCCUGGAGUCAAUAUUCUGGCAGGAUGGACUGGGGCCAGGAGUCCAACGGGUUUGCCAGAAGAUACCCGACGGGUGGAGUUUAACAUGGAAUCAGGGACAUCAAUGUCGUGUCCGCACGUGAGUGGUGUAGCCGCCCUCGUUAAGGCGGAGCACCCAGACUGGAGCCCCGCCGCCGUCCGCUCGGCACUGAUGACCACGGCUUACUCGGCCUACAUGUCUGGCGACCAGCUAAUAGACGCCGCGACAGGAGAGCGAUCCACCCCAUUUGAUUACGGGUCGGGUCACAUCGACCCAAUAUCCGCUUUUGAUCCAGGGCUCGUCUACGACAUAAAACCGGACGAUUAUCUCGACUUUAUCUGCGCUUUGAACUAUACUCCAUCCCAAAUCUUAACAUUGGCAAGAAAAAACUUCAGUUGCGACCCGACUCGAACUUACAGCGUAACGGAUCUCAAUUACCCAUCGUUCGUGGUUGUUUUUUCGGGCGGGAAAUCUUCAAUCAACUACACGCGGACACUCACUAACGUCGGAGAAUCUGGGACGUACGAAGUUUAUGUGUCUUCCCCAGAUGGGGUUGAAAUAUUGGUAGAACCACAAACUCUUUCUUUUACUGAUGUGGGAGAGACACAAUCAUACAUGGUGACUUUUACUGCUACAACAAUGGCGGCUUCGGGUAGCAAUGUGUUUGGGGAGAUUGAGUGGUCUGAUGGAAUGCAUGUUGUGGGUAGUCCAGUUGCAAUCACUUGGUCGUAAAGGAUGUCUUUUUCAACAAAUUAGCAUAUGAUGUCAUGUAUGCAUAAAUAUAUGGCCAGCUUCUAUGGCCACUCUCUUUAAGUGGUUGCGGAAGUCUCUCUACGAUGUUUAAUUCGUAAAAUUGAUAAUUCUUAUCUUUUAACCCCAUUAGUAAGUCCUCACCUAAUCCCGACUCUAAUCCAUUCCUCUAACCAUGUUAAUUGCGGGAAAAAUUUAGUUGAGUUCGGUGUCAAAAUUUUGACUCCAAAAUUAAUUACUUUCAUCCUG